AUGUCGUCAACUCUCAUAAACCGUUCCUUGGCAACUAUCCGUACAGAGCUUGCCUUUUUGGUUGAUUCCGGGGUCAUUACGCGGCAGCAGUCAGAGCAGAUUGAAUCUAAUCUUCCAAACCCUAACGAAGCCCUCCGUGGCGCUCCCGCAAAUAACGCAGGGCCUGUGGAGUAUGUGGAGGCACUUUAUGCGUUUCAGGCGCAACAGCCUGGUGACCUAGACUUCAAAGUCGGCGAGAAGAUCGAGGUGCUAGAGAAGCCCUCUCCAGAGUGGUACAAGGGCAGAUGCAACGGUAAGGUGGGCAUGUUCCCCUCAAACUACGUGAAGCCAGCCUUUAGUGGGGGUAGUCUAAUGAAGGAAGCGUCGCCGCCUCGCUAUCCCGCGCAGGCCUCUGCCCCACAAGUGCAGUCUCCUACUCCGCAGUCUCCUCCUCCCCCUGCGGGCUUCUCGCAGUCUCCCUUCCCACCUGGAGCUAACGGCUACUAUAAACAGUCUGUGGCACCUUAUCAGCCACCGCCUGCGCCUUAUCAGCCCCCUGCGCAAUAUCAAACUUCCCCUGCGCAGUACGCGCCUCCUGCGCAGUUCCAGGCGGCGCCAGUUCCUUACCAGGCGCCUCCGCAGGCCGUGGCACAGCCUGCCCCUGCCACUGCUGAGCAGGGAGCUGACAGUGGUAUGAGCGGCGCUGCUAAGAAGUUUGGUAGCAAAUUAGGAAAUGCAGCUAUCUUUGGUGCAGGCGCUACACUAGGUUCUGACUUGGUGCAUUCUAUCUUUUGA